AAAGAUGGCGGAUGGCUUCGCAAAUUUUCUAUCGUCUCUAAAUUUUACAGCAUUGUAUUUGGAUCGAUUUAAGGAUACAGGUUAUGAUGACAUUGGUUUGUUAAUCGAUGCAACCAACGAAGAACUGAACCAGAUGUUUGAUAUUGUGGGUAUGUCUACCAAGCCUGGUCAUGUUUUGAAAUUCAAGAAGUCUUUGGAAAGUCUCAAGCUGGCAAGAACUAUUAAAACUGAUGCUGAUAAAGCCUGCGUUGGUGGAUCAUUGUCAGAAUUAUUGCCUGAAAAGGAUCUCAACUUGCAAGCAACAAAUAUUCAGAAACCUCAAGUUGAGCGAAUGAACAGACAAAAGACUAUCUCAUUUGUUACUGGCAAGUUUGUUGUUGGUGGAGAUGCAGAUGUUAAAAAUGUCAAACCAUGGGAGAAGUUCUACAUUCCAAAUGUGAAGACAGAUAGGUUAACAUACUACAACUCUAUUACUGAAAAUGUGUAUAAAUCUGCAUACUCAAAGAAGCAGUCCUCUUUUCAAGCUUACUUAGAAGGACAACGAAAAUUUCGCUGGGGCAUUAAAGUGGAAUUAGAAAAUAUCCAGAAAGUAUUUGAGUCCUACCAACGAGGAGUGGUUCCAAAAGAGAAUAUAAACUUGGAAAGGUAUCAAUCUGCAGCCAUACCAGCUGAUGUAAAGGUAGAAGAUGUUAGCAAGUGUCAAAGAGCAUGGAAACAUAUGGAAGGAACUUUGUUUUCUGUGAGAAACAUGAAGGAAAAGUUAAUGGGUCGAAGAAAGGGGUUGUUGGAUGUAAACAUGUUUCCAAAAGUUUGGGCAAAUGAUGAAAUAGGUUUCAUAGACACUUCUGUUGAACAACUAACACCCAUUUUGAAUAGUGUUGAGAGUCUUGUUUAA